AGCUGGGUGGUGUUGCAAUGCACUACAUAUUUGCAUUGGGUUUGUUACGCAAGGACAGGGGGUUGCGGUUGCAGGCGCCUUUGUUUGCUCCUCGAGGCAAGCGUUGCAAUCACACGACUCCGGCAGUGUGGUUGCGGCAUCCCCCAGAGCCGGCACGACUCUCACACUACUAGCUCUUGUCCCUCGUAUAUAUAUGGUGAUCCAUGAGCAGAAGAAUCAGAAUCUCACAGGCAGCAGCCAAGAUUGACAUCGAGAAUGCUUCGAGUCGCCAUCGCCUGGUGCCUCCUGCAGCUGCUCCACCAUCCUUCAGUGGUGGUGUGCCAGCAGCAGCAGCAGCAGCAGCAGGCCGCCGCCACUCCUCGCGCCUUCUUCGUCUUCGGCGACUCGUUGGUGGACAGCGGCAACAACAACUACCUUGCCACGACGGCACGCGCCGACUCGCCGCCCUACGGCGUCGACUACCCGACGCACCGCGCCACCGGCCGCUUCUCCAACGGCCGGAACGUGCCGGACAUCAUCAGCGAGUACCUGGGGGCGGAGCCGGUGCUGCCCUACCUCAGCCCGCACCUCGACGGCCACAAGCUGCUGGGGGGAGCCAACUUCGCGUCCGCCGGCGUCGGCAUCCUCAACGACACGGGCAUCCAGUUUGCCAACAUCAUCCGCAUCCAGAAGCAGCUGCGCUACUUCCAGCAGUACCAGAGCCGCGUGCGCCGCCUCCUCGCCGGCGACGGCGACGCCACCGCCCGCCUGGUGCGCGGCGCCCUCGUGCUCAUCACGCUCGGCGGCAACGACUUCAUCAACAACUAUUACCUGGUGCCCUUCUCCGCGCGCUCCCGCGAGAUGGCGCUGCCGGACUUCGUGCGCUACCUCGUCGCCGAGUACGCCAAGAUCCUGCGCCAGCUGCACGGCCUGGGCGCGCGCCGGGUGCUCGUCACCGGCUCCGGCCCGCUCGGAUGCGCCCCCGCCGAGCUCGCGCUGCGGGGAAGCCGCGCCGGGGAGUGCGACGCCGAGCUGCAGCGCGCCGCCGCGCUCUACAACCCACAGCUCGUCCGCAUGAUCAGGGGGCUCAACGCCGACCUCGGCGCCGACGUCUUCGUCGCCGUCAACGCCUACAGGAUGCACAUGGACUUCAUCUCCGACCCGGCGGCCUACGGCUUCGUCACCUCCAAGGUGGCCUGCUGCGGCCAGGGGCCCUACAACGGCGUGGGGCGCUGCACCGCCGCCUCCAGCCUCUGCCCGGACCGGAGCGUCUACGCCUUCUGGGACAACUUCCACCCCACGGAGAGGGCCAACCGGAUCAUCGUCAGCCAGUUCAUGGACGGCACACAGGAGUACAUGCACCCGAUCAACCUCACCACCAUUCUCGCCGUCGACGCCGCCGCCGCCGCCACCUUGAACUAAUUAAUAUGAAUUGGAAAUAAAAUGAGCAUUAUAUAUAUUCUGCGCUUCCAGCAAAGCACCCUAGCUAUAGCUAUAUAUAUAUAAAUACAUACUAUGUAUAAGCUGCUGCUGUAUUCAGGGUGACAUCCAUCGAGAUAUAUAAUAACAAUAUAUAAUAAAGAUCAAGUAGCGCAGGCCACACAAGAAGCAAAUAAAUCCAUUCCAUUUAUUGCCAACUGAAAACAAGCACCUCUACAUGCAGUUUUGCUGCUACACUUGGACUUGGGUGUAUACUGUUGUAUACACCACUCGAUGUCUAGCUGUUAUAUAUACCGGAGACGUCGCUGCUGUAUAAUGCCAUCAGCAACCACUCCAGAAAUUAAUCACAAACUGAAUAUGGACGAAUCAAUGAACAUUGAUCGCGGGUAAAGCCAUUACAAAGCACAAGCUGCAGAUAUCGGUACUCGUUCAUACAUACAGGUGCGGCGGGCCAGAAUUGGCAUGUGGCUUUCAUAAAAUGACCAAAUUGGGGAUUCACGUAUCAUGUGCAUCAAUCAACUGGCAAAAGUUCUCACUUCUCAACGAGAAAAAAA